AUUCAUAAAAUACGGAUAAUAAACGUAUUAUACGGGUUUAAUACGUGUUUAGUACGAGAGUCAUCAAAUGAACAGAGAAUAAUAAAAUGGCUUGAUAAUAAUACGGAUACGGAAGUUUUAAACGGAUAAAAUACGUACGAGUACUUAUAAGUGUAUUAAACGGAGUAUUUACUAAUUAUGGCUACAAAUAAGGUAACUUAGUAAAUAUAUUGUAUUCAAAUAAUACAAAAAAAAAAUUUGUACCAACCCACCACAGAGCAGUGGAAAAUUCAUGUAAUUAAUUGACUCACAUAUUCCCUCCAAAAUUUGUACCAACCCUCUCUCGCCCUACUUGUUUCUACUUGUGGCGGAGGGGCUGUCUGCGUACUUUGCGAAGCAAGAACAGAGAGGAAGAUCCAUGGCAUCUCUGUUGCUGGGGGUGCUCCGGUGGUGUCUCACCUCUUUUUCGCUGACGACUCUCUCUUUUUUGCUAGGGCUACAGAACGAGAAGGCCUGGAGUUACGUCGAAUCCUACAAGACUACGAGAAGGAGUCGGGGCAGUUGGUUAGUCUGGAAAAGUCGGAGGUGACGUUUAGUCCGAACGUAUAGCCGCACCAACGUCUCCAAGUUAGCUCGAUUCUUGGUAUGAAGAUAGUUGAGAAGCACGACAAGUAUUUGGGGUUGGUGACUCAGGUGGACAGAUCCAAAAAAGAAUUGUUUACCUAUCUGAAGGACAGAAUUCGAAAGAAGUUGUCGGGUUAUAAGGAGAAGUUUAUGUCAGCGGCGGCUAGGGAAGUUCUUAUCAAAUCAGUUAUCCAAGCACAGUUGACGUAUACAAUGGGAGUGUUUAAGGUACCAGAAGGUAUAAUUGAUGAGAUCCAUAGUAUGAUUAUGAGGUUUUGGUGGGGACAAAAGGGGGAGGAGACACGAAUUCCUUGGAUUGCUAGGGAGGAGUUGAUCGCGCGGAAGCAAGAGGGCGAAAUGGGUUUUCGGGACCUUAGGGGCUUCAAUGUAGCUUUGUUGGCUCGACAGAUGUGGAACCUGUAUCAACGGCCAUCCUCGUUGGUUGCUAGAUUAAUGAAAGCAAAAUAUUACAAGAAAAGCUCAGUGUUGGAUGCGUCCCUAGGUUACCGGCCUAGUUACGUAUGGCGGAGGCUAAUGGGGGUGCAGGAAUUCCUUCUUAAUGGUCUGCGAUGGACGAUAGGCAAUGGUGCUUCGGUACGUAUAUGGGGAGAUAGGUGGUUGCCAUCGACUCCCGGUUAUAUUAUCCAGUCGGCUCCGAUGGGGUUGCCAGUGGAGUCGGUGGUUCGCGAGUUGAUCGAGGAGGAAACUGAACAGUGGGAUGAUACGUUGCUUGAAAGCUGUUUCCCUACAGCAAUGGUCGACGCCAUCCACCAGAUUCCUCUUUGAGGGUCGACCGAGGAGGACCGGCGGGUGUGGGCGGGCAGUCGGAAUGGUGACUAUUCAGCUCGAGAAGGCUAUAGAAAAUGGCUGGAGGAUUUCAGGAAUGAGAGGGGACGUGUCAUGGUGGGUGAACCUAGCAUAUGGAAACGCAUAUGGUCGUUGCAAGUUCCACCUAAGGUGCGGGUUUUCAUGUGGCGGUUUGCUCGUCACUCUCUUCCCACAGGUGAUCAUUUAAGCGAGAGAAGCCAACGCCAUGGAGACAAAUGUCCUUACUGUAACUUAAGGGAGACACAAUCCCACCUGUUUUUUUAUUGUUCUUGGACGAGUCGGCUUUGGCGUGAGUCCCAUGUAGCUCACUGUUUCAUGCUGAAAGGGACGCGCGACUGCUUGGAGUGGUUUGGCCAUGUUGGUGCAAGUGUCUCGGAUGGGGAGUUGGAAGAUUGGUGCAUGCUCCUUUGGAUAAUAUGGAGGGAACGAAAUGCGCAUGUGUUCAAUGGUACGAAGCUGGCGGAGGGAUAUAUUGAUGAAGGCGUGCUCUAUCCUUGAUGAAUAUCGGCAGCGCCAAGUCCGGGAAGAGGUAAUUGCGGGUGAACAGUUGGAGGGAAAAUGGAGGGGAGGAUCAAAGUAAAUACUGACGCCGGUUCGUUUACGAAUGGAGGAGGUUUAGGCGUGGUCAUCCGGGAUCACGCGGGACGCUUCCUGUUGGCUGCAGCAAAGAAAAUUAGAGGAGUACCCAACCCGGAAUGAAAUGAAGCUCUGGCGGCUGAACUGGGGUUACAACUGGUAAAACAACAUGUGCUUGGAGUACCGAUCCUAGAGCUGGAUUGUUUAACAGUGGUUAAGUCCAUAAGAGAAGCAGAAACGAUAAAUAUGGAGCUGGGGACGAUCUGUCAAAGUAUAAGACGACUGUUGGAUUCGAUCCCGGGUGGAAGGAUAGAACAUGUCAGCCAGAAGGCGAAUGAAGCUGCGCAUAUUAUGGCCCAUUCAGAGACGAGAUGGAAUGUGGCGGAGGUUUGGUUUGAUCGCCCGCCAAUUUUUCUGGUCGAUCAUUUGAAACUUGAUGAUGUAUUUAUGCCCAUAAAUCAAUAAAGCUUCGUGCAGAUUUCAAUAAAAAAAAUAUUGUAGCAUGUCCAAAACUAAAGAAUACUUAACCAAAGAUUCAUUUUAAAAUCUAACCAUAUUCACCUCAAAUAUGACAUUACCUCCCUUUAAUACUAAUUGAAAUACAUUUUAUAUCGAUCC